AUGACCCGCUCGGGCGAAGACUACAACAACAACAACAGCAAUGGAUCUGCGAAACCAACUCUCCUCGCCUUCCACGGCUCAGGCAGCAACGCAACAGUCCACACCGUCCAACUCGCCCGCCUAACCCGCCUCCUGAAACAACACUUCGAAAUAGAAAGCUUGCAAGCGCCCUUCCCAUCCCCUGCCGGUCCCGGCAUACUCCCCUUCUUCGACGGCUGCGGCCCCUUCUACCGGUGGCUACCACCCAGCGAGAAGAUCACCCUCGAGGGCAUGCGCCGCGGGGACUCAACAUCCGCGCUCUCCCCCGAAGUCGAGAGCCUCGUGCGCGACGCGGUGAAAGCGGCACGGAGCCGGGGGAGUCGGGUGGUGGGGCUCGUAGGGUUCAGCCAGGGGACCAAAGUUGUGGCCGGGCUGUUGCGCGGGAGCGAGGUGGUGCGGGCUGCACGGGAGGAGACUGGGAAACUUGACGAAGGGACCGAGUGGUGUGAUUUCGGGUUCGGGCUGAGUAUUUGCGGGUCCUAUGCCCCGCCGCUUGUGCCGCAGGGGGUUCUUGCACAUAGUGGGUUGACGGCGGAGAGGCGGGAGGAAGUGCUGGGGAGGAAGAUUAGGACUCCGACGUUUCAUGUGCAGGGGAGGCAGGAUGAGUGGAAGUGGGCGGGUGAAGGGCUGAUUGCGGGGCAUUAUGAGGUUGGGGAGGGGAUGAGCGAGGUGGUGGAGUGGGAGAUGGGACAUCAUUAUCCGGUGCCGGUGGGGGAUAGUGAGCGGGUACGGGAUUGGAUGGUGGAGCAGUUGGGGAGGGUGGAGGGUAAGAGGGUGUAG